UCCUCCUUUGCUGUUUGUAUCAAAAGAUGAUGCUCAUAACUUCAAUCGCCAUCUCUGUGUAGUUGUGGCAAGGAGACCCAGGCACGGCCAUUUGAUAAACUGCUCCUGUGAGAUCUUUAUAGCUAAAAUUUCUGAUUCAUAAAGCCUGGGGUGGUUGACAGUUCUGUAUGGAGUGGACUGAGGUCUCCCCUCCCAAAGCCAUCCCACUGCUGAUGUAAAUUGCCAGGCCAGGCUUGUCUGUUCUCUGGAUGCAAAGCAGCUGAGACAGGUCCUUGGCAGCCAGGCAUCCAUGGGCUCUUCUCCGUUGACUGAUUAUAACAGUUCUUCGCCUCUGUUCCCAGUUUAUGAGUAUCUGCUUUGAGCAGGGGUACUUUCAUGAAUCCACUAGAAGCUCUUUGCAGAAAAGGUGGAAAAAAGAAAAUAAUAGGCACAUUACUUACAGAAGUUCACAGCCGUGAUUUCAAGCCAUGGUCUGAGUAGGAGUCUGUGGUCUCUAGGUUAAAACUCCCGAGAUAGGGCCGAUUGCGGGGUAGCUGCGUACGUUGAAGGACACAACCGGCAGAAUUGGUGCCUUCUGCAAGACUGAAAUCAUGGCAGGUCCAGAAACUGAUGCUCAAUUCCAUUUCACUGGUAUCAAAAACUAUUUCACCUCUUAUACUCUCACAGGUAGAAUGAAUUGUGUACUGGCCACAUAUGGAGGCAUUGCUUUGAUGAUCUUAUACUUCAAGUUAAGGUCUAAAAAAACACCAGCUGUGAAAGCAACAUAAACGAUUUUUAACCUGUACCUCAUCUGUUAAGUUCCCAUGCCUGGAGAAGCUAAUGUCAACUCAUCGUGUGAUACUCAAUUUGUACAAUAAAUUAUGAACCUGG